GCUUGUUAAAGCUUAUUCUCCCGGAGCACGUUCCUUUCAUGCUUCAAUUCGUAAUGACACAAAGCUUUAUUUUUUUGGUGGUUAUAUUGAUGAUUACUCAGUAGGAGGUGAUGCCUUUUAUUUGGAUCUAGAGGAGUCAUUUAGCAGGACGCUUCCUAAAUGGAUAGAAAAGUCGAAAGCAAAUAUCGAAAUAAUGCAUAGCUCUGUGUGUAAAACAGCCAGAGACUCAUUCAUAUUUAUUGGAGGAACUUAUCGUAAAAGUGACCAUAUGCCAGAUAAAGAAACACCAUUCAUUGAAUAUAAUCAUAAAUAUGAUAUAUGGUCUUUACCUUAUAACGCAGAACCUUUUGAUUGGCGAAUAAACGUUCAAUGUGUUUCAGAUAAUGAAGGAUCUGUUUAUGUUUUUAGUGGAUAUAAUCAAUAUAACAAUAUUAUAUACAUAUUGAAUACAAUUGAUAUGACUUGGUCAACAGGUCCAAUAGAAAAUGCACCAUCGUAUAGACAUGGAUACACAUCUACUAUGUUACCUGAUGGUGUGAUCGUAUAUAUUGGAGGAUGCAAUGAAUCUGGAUGUAUGCCAAUGAAUCUGAUAAAUGUUUACGACACAAAAAUUAAUAAAUGGUCUCUGAUUAGUGCUAGAGGCCAAGAUAUUGGUUCUCGUGAAUACCACUCUGCAGUUUUGGGUCCAGAUGAUUCUAUAAUUGUAUUUGGUGGUCAUGAUUAUCAUGAAAAGCAAUAUCCAUACCCUCAUUUGGCAAUAUUAAAUAUUACACGUUACGAAGGUUCUAUAUCAGGACAUGAAAAAUAUAGCGAAGAAUUAUAUAUUUUUGACAUGGAAUCUCAUGGCUGGUAUUUAUCACAAAUCUUGGAUAAUAGGUGGGAUCAUGAGCACCUUUUAAAUUUUUGUGAAAAUGAAUUGCGUCAUCUUCAUAAAGAUAAAUGGGAGAUGGACCAACAAAGAAUGGGUAUGAGCACCUGA